UCAGCAGGAGGAGAAGAGUCUGACGGAGCAGCAGAGAAAGAUUUUCAGCUAUUUGGUCUCAGCUGACUCACUACAAAGGAAACAAUGAGUUUCACAGAAAAGGACCAACAUGGAGCGAGAAGUCGGCGCUCUCAGGAGGCCGACAAACCUCAACGAAGAAAGGGAGAGAAAACAUACACCUGUGACGAUUGUGGGAAAGGUUUUACCUGGAAGGUCUCAUUAAAAAAACAUCAAGUCAUUCACACUGGAGAGAGACCGUUUAGCUGUGACUUGUGUGGAAAGUCUUUUAGACAGCCUGGAAGUUUAAAAAGACACCAGCUCAUUCAUAGUGGAGUUAAAGAACAUACUUGCAAUCAGUGUGGGAAGUGUUUCUCUCGGAAAGAAGGGUUGGAAGAGCACAAACGUAUCCACAGUGGCGUUAAACAGUACAGCUGUGAUCAGUGUGGUAAAGUCUUUGCUCACCGUAGCGGCUUAUGGACUCAUCAAGUUGCCCACUCUGGAAUUAAGGCAUACAGCUGUGAGGUUUGUGGAAAAACCUUCAGCCAAGUAGGGCACCGAAAUGCACACCUACGCAUUCACACCAAAGAGGAUGUUUACUACUGUGAACAGUGUGGAAAAGUGUUUAUGACAAACAGAGACUUAAAAAUCCACAAAUUCACUCACACUGGAGAGAGACCUUAUAAAUGUGACGUGUGCGAUAAGGCUUUUAAAGAUCCAAGUUCCCUCAAAGCGCACCAACAGAUCCACACCAGGAAGAAACUCUACAAGUGCAGUUACUGCGAGAAGCAGAGCGACACAGAUGGAUCCAGUUCUCAACCCUGUCAUCACUGUGGUGGUGGGAAAGCGUUUCAUUGUGACAUUUGUGGAAAAACUUUCAAUUGGCAAAGGAGCCCAAAAAUACAUCUACGUAGACACACUGGACACAAACUCAAGUACUGCAAAGAAUGUGGGAAAGGCUUCCCCACAGCAGGCGAAUUAAAGCGCCAUGAACUUAUUCACAGUGGCAUUAAAAUGAACCUCUGUGACCAGUGUGGGUCAUCCUUUACCACUGCAGGUGAGCUUAAAGCUCAUAAACGAGUCCACACAGGAGAGAAACCAUACAAGUGCAGACACUGUGACAGAAGCUUCUCUCGUGCAAAUACUCGUAAUGAUCAUGAACGUACACACAUUGAAGGAAACUUCAGCUGUGACCAGUGUGACAAGAGCUUCAAGAAUCUCAGUUCAUACUCCAAACACAAACGAUCGCACGCUGCAAAUAAGCUAUUUCAGUGUGACCAAUGUGCAAAACCGUUCACUUCAUUAUCUGCUCUGACCAAACAUUUGCAUGAUCAUGCAGGACUAAAAUCUUUGCUGCCAUUGGAUCACAACAAAUCUGAACAGACAGAAAGAACCUCUUCCUGAUCAGGCUCCACAUAGUUCUGACUGUUUACCCCUGUAAAGAGUCAGCUAAUGUCACACCUGGUUCUUAUGACAUAGCUAUGACCUUUGGACUGGCAGUGAUACACUUUGUAUUUAAUAAGUGGCAACCAUUAAAAACUACAGACAUUCACCACCAACAGGAGGUGCCAUAUGGGUUUAGUGCUAUUUGGACCAGGUGGUAGUCAGAGGCCCUCGUGUUCUGAGCUGUGGCAUACAUGACUAACCAUGGGACCAGUAUAAUUUUAAAUUUGAACUAGACCUGGGCUGUACUUCUGUGUAAUACUUAUUUACAGUGGCGGCCCGCAGAAGUAAAAGCCUUUGUCCCAGCAAUCAGUUUACUCCCUUUGAGCAAGAGCUUUGGCCACAGUGGGAAGGAAAAAGUCCCUUUUAUGAAGGGAGCUGGGAUGAAGAAGAGACAUAAACAUGUUGUGGAAGAGAACCAAAGAUUAAUGAAAGUUUUUCAUUUUAAGAUGGAUGAGUUGCUCAGUGGAAACCAAAUGUACCUACAAAUAAUCGAAUCUAACCUGAAGCCAUUCGAUAUUUUAUUUUGAUAAAUAUGGCAGCACUGAGACUAAUUUCCUGACUCAUUUUUUUUCUUUUUCAGUUAA